CACCAACAAAAGCCUCGUCCUUACAUAUGAAAUACUAACCCUUAUGUACAAAUGAAUAGUGCCGCAACAAAAAAAAAAAUUGUAUUGGCUAGUAAGGAAUGAUGGCUAAUCUAGCGAUAAUUGAACUCAAGAGAAACAGUGAUAAGGUAGUGGAAGAAAUAGUGAAAUUGGAGAGAAAAAUAUUUCCAAAACACGAAUUGAUCGCUUCCUUUUUUUUCACAACGAACUCAAAAAGAAGACCAGUGGAUUGCUGUAUCUUCACGUUGAUGGCGAACUUGCCGGCUAUGUCAUGUAUUCUUGGCCUUCUUCCUUUUACGCUUCCAUCACCAAGCUCGCAGAGACGACGACCGACAAAGAAACGACCCAUUAGCAGAUCAGAUUCGUUGGACGAAAUCUUCAGUCGAGACGAGUUGUAAGUUGCAGGUGAUGACUAAUACCAUCAGGAGAGGCGGAAGCCACCAUGCCUUGGAGACCUUCAUUAUUAUGCAUUGUGUUGAUG